AAAAAAGAAUAAAAAAUAAGCGAGGUAAGUGGAUUUAGGCCGUGGAAGACAAGGAUCGAGAAUUAAGAGUGGCGAGGGAGAAAACAGAGAAGCGGAAAAAGUGUAUGGAACUGCCAUUAAUGAGUUCUUUGUUUGUUUCCUCUCCAACACUUGCUUAUUAAGCUCCGUCACCCUCUGCGAUCUCACCCUUCAGACCAUAAUUCUCAACCUCCCAAAAUGGAUUUCGAGGACCAUGACGAAGCUCAGCUGGGGAUGCCCGGACCCACCUAUGAUCACUCGCCGUUCAACCCCUGCCGAGUCAAAAUGCCAACUCACACCGCCCAGGAAGACCCGCUGCCGCCGGCGGCCACUCCACCACCCACCGUCAACCGAAACAGCGCCAGGGGAAAGUACAAGGAGUGCCUCAAGAACCACGCCGUCGGAAUCGGCGGCCACGCGCUCGACGGCUGCGGCGAGUUCAUGGCGGCGGGCGCCGAGGGUACCCUGGAUGCCCUCAAAUGCGCUGCCUGCAACUGCCACCGCAACUUCCACCGGAAGGACCCGUCGGAGAGCUCCUUCCUAGUGCCCUUCCAGCAGCGCCGCCACCAGCCGCCGCCGCAGUUCGCGGCGGCCUACUACCGGGCCCCGGCGGGGUACUUGCAGGUGGCGGGGCCGCAUCGUGGAGGCCUUGCCACGCUGGCACUCCCGUCCACGUCAGGUGCGGGCGGUGGGGCCCAGAGCCCGAGGGAGGACCAGGAAGAUGUGUCGGACCCAAGUGGUGGUGGUAGCGGGUCCAACAAGAAGAGGUUCAGAACCAAGUUCACUCUGGAACAGAAAGACAAGAUGCUCGCUUUCGCUGAAAAACUGGGUUGGAGGAUUCAGAAGCACGACGAGAGUGUCGUGCAGGAGUUCUGUUCCCAAACUGGUGUUCCGCGUCACGUCCUCAAGGUUUGGAUGCAUAACAACAAGCACACCCUUGGUAAGAAGCCCUAGAACAAAUAUAAAUCAACACCCCCGUCUCUCUCUCUCUUUCUCUCUCUAUGUCCUACCCUUUCCCUCUCUCUCUCUAUAUAUCUAUAUCUACAUAUAUGUAUGUUCCUAUAUAUCUAGUUACCAUCACAACCACCAUUCCAAGCUGGAAGCUCAACGUUGAAGCUCGGAAAUUGCGUUGCUGAGUGUCUUACAAGUCCGCUAGCUCUAGCUCAUCAGGAUCAUAGUUCUUAGGGUUUUUGCUUUUCUUUUGGUUUCAACUUGUUUAAUUUUCUUAUGACAUUGGAGAAGGACGGGGGUAUUUUCCUUAUUCCCUUUGCAAAGUAUAUUAGUAAUUAAUGUUUUGAGUUACAUUCU